CAAUUCCCAUUGGUUCAGAUGGAGGUGGAGCUACUAGUGUUUUCCCCUCACUUGCUCUUCUUGCUAGAACUGGAUCUGCAGUGUCUGUCUGCGUUGACAAAGGAAAAUAUCAAUUGUUCAGUCUGAAAGUAUCAGAUUCGACAGUUCACUAUGAGGGCUUUGAUGUGGCUGGCUGUGCUGGGAUUAGGUCUACACGGUGCAGUGGCAGUGACUCACUCUCUGAAGUAUUUCUACACUGCGUCUUCUGGAGUCCCAAACCUCCCAGAGUUUGUGACUGUUGGGUUGGUUGAUGAUGGUCAGAUAGAUUACUAUGACAGUAACACCAGGAGAUUCGUACCCAAACAGGACUGGAUGACCAGAGUCACAGCAGAGGAUCCUCAGUACUGGGAGAGAGAGACUCAGAGCAUUGUGGGUGCCCAACAGGUCUUCAAAGCCAACAUUGAAAUAGCGAAGCAGCGCUUCAACCAAACUGGAGGUGUCCACAUUGUCCAGAACAUGUACGGCUGUGAGUGGGACGAUGAGACUAAUGAGGUUAAUGGUUUCAAUCAGUGGGGUUAUGAUGGAGAAGACUACAUAGCAUUUGACCUGAGGACAGAGACAUGGGUCGCUCCAGUGCCACAGGCUGUCAUCACCAAACACAAGUGGGAUAAUGACAGAGCUCAGAUAGUGCAGACAAAACACUACCUCACCCAGGAGUGCAUUGACUGGUUGAAGAAGUAUGUGGACUAUGGGAGGAGCUCUCUGCUGAGGACAGAGCUUCCCUCAGUGUCUCUCCUCCAGAAGACUCCCCGCUCUCCAGUCAGCUGCCACGCUACAGGUUUCUACCCUGACAGUGCCACACUGUUCUGGAGGAAAGAUGGAAAGGAGUUUCCUAUUGAAGGUCGUGUGGAGGUCCUCCCAAACAACGAUGGAACCUUCCAGAUGAGUGUUGACCAAGUCCCACCAGUCAAACCUGAAGACUGGGGGAGUUACGAGUGUGUGUUUAAGUUCGGUGACGAGGACGACAACGUCAGCAAACUGGAUAAGGCUGUGAUCAGAACCAACUGGGAGGAACACUCCCUGAAGUUUUUCUUUGCUGGAUUUUCUGGAGUUACAAACUACCCAGAGUUCAUUGGUGCUGUGAUGGUUGAUGGAGUUGAGGUUGUUCACUACGACAGCAACAUCAAGAGAGCUGAACCCAAACAGGACUGGAUGAAGAGACUAAUGGAAGAUGAUCCAGGACACAGGGACUGGUACACUGACGGGUGUCGUGUUAAUCAACGUUUCUUCAGUUCCACUAUUGACAGUUUGAUGCAGCGCCUCAAACAAACAGGAGGCAUCCACACUUUCCAGAGGAUCUAUGGCUGUGACUGGAAGGAUAAAACUCCAGAAGUUAUUGGUUGUGAUGAGUUUAAAUAUGAUGGAGAAGACUUCAUACGGUUAGACCCGAAGACACUGGAAUGGAACAAUUCAACACCACAGGCUUUCAUCACCAAGCAGGAGUGGGACAGUGACAAAGCUACAAUAAACAACAUUAAGUUUAACCUCACCCGGCAUUGUCCUCAGUUGCUGAACAAGUAUUUAGACUAUGGGAAGAGCUCCCUGCUGAGAACAGAGCUUCCCUCAGUGUCUCUCCUCCAGAAGACUCCCCGCUCUCCAGUCAGCUGCCACGCUACAGGUUUCUACCCUGACAGAGCCACACUGUUCUGGAGGAAAGAUGGAAAGGAGCUUCCUAUUGAAGGUCGUGUGGAGGUCCUCCCAAACAACGAUGGAACCUUCCAGAUGAGUGUUGACCAAGUCCCACCAGUCAUACCUGAAGACUGGGGGAGGUACGAGUGUGUGUUUAAGUUCGGUGACGAGGACGACAACGUCAGCAAACUGGAUAAGGCUGUGAUCAGAACCAACUGGGAGGAACACUCCCUGAAGUUUUUCUUUGCUGGAUUUUCUGGAGUGACAAACUUCCCAGAGUUCAUUGGUGCUGUGAUGGUUGAUGGAGUUGAGGUUGUUCACUACGACAGCAACAUCAAGAGAGCUGAACCCAAACAGGACUGGAUGAAGAGACUAAUGGAAGAUGAUCCAGGACACAGGGACUGGUACACUGACGAGUGUCGUGUUAAUCAACACUUCUUCAGUUCCACUAUUGACAGUUUGAUUCAGUUCAACCAAACUGGAGGUGUCCACGUUGCCCAGAGGAUGUACGGCUGUGAGUGGGAUGAUGACACUGGAGAGGUUAAUGGUUAUGAUCAGUGGGGUUAUGAUGGAGAAGACUUCAUAGUAUUUGACCUGAAGACAGAGAUAUGGAUUGCUCCAAAACCACAGGCUGUCAUCACCAAACACAAGUGGGAUUAUAAUAAAGCUCAGAUAGCGCAGAAAAAACAAUACCUCACCCAGAUUUGCAUUGACUGGUUGAAGAAGUAUGUGGACUAUGGGAAGAACUCUCUGCUGAGAACAGAGCUUCCCUCAGUGUCUCUCCUCCAGAAGACUCCCUCCUCUCCAGUCAGCUGCCAUGCUACAGGUUUCUACCCUGACAGUGCCACACUCAUCUGGAGGAAAGAUGGAGAGGAGAUUCAUGAGGACGUGGACCACGGAGAGAUCCUCCUCAACCACGAUGGAUCCUUCCAGAUGAGUGUUGACCUGAACCUUUCAUCAGUCACACCUGAAGACUGGAGGAGGUACGACUGUGUGUUUCAGCUCUCUGGUGUGAAGAACGACAUCGUCACCAAACUGGACAAAGCAGUGAUCAGGACCAACUGGGGACCUCUUGUGGUUGUGGUGACUCACAAUAAUGAGAAGUCCAGUGACAUGACCGUGCCCAUCACUGCUGCAGCAGUUGUUCUUGUACUCAUCCUCAUCACUGCAGUUGGACUCAUGGCUUACAAAAAGAAGAAAGCCAAAUGCCCUCCAUCUCCUCCUGACGACGGAUCGGAGCUCUCUGAGAAACUGAAUCCAGAGACCUGAUUGUGAAACGCACUCAAUGAAGUUCCUUCAUAUAACACGUGUCACUUUAUUUAGCUUUACAGAACUUAGACUGACUAAAACAUGCCUUCCUGUCACAAAGUGAUGUAGUAGUUUAUGGUUUUUAUAUGUAAAUGUUAAAUGUAAUCGUUUAUUUCACAUUAUUAUAAUUAAUAUUCUAAAUCUAAUAUAAAAACAAUUUGCUUGAUUAUUUUUACAAAUCAAUUCUUUUUCUUUUACCCAUCUUUUCAUUUUACAUUGAUGCAAUAAUGUUUUAGAUACCUUAAAUUAAUGUUUUUGAUCAUGUUUGAAUAAUAUUUUAUGGUUUUGGAAUAACUACAAGAACUAUAGGUUUCUGUAAACAUUGUAUACAAUUCUCAAAAUCACCUCUUGUUGAAAAUAUGAUCUUUUAUAGGUUAUAGAUUUGGUGCAACAGGUCAGAGGAAAACUUUCUCAUACCACAGGUUUUUUAAACGAGUGGCUUUUAGUAAGACUAGUGUAAAUAGAUAGACAGUGAUGGUGGUUGGACUGCUGAGCGGGCCAUUGCAUUCACAUGAAGUUGCAGUUUAGCCUGAGCAGACACAA